GUGAGAGACCCUCGUGAGCCCAGCUAUACAACAUCCGCUCCUCCAUCCAUCCUCGUUCACUCCGCAUCCGCAGCCGAAUUCCCCCGUCUCCACCGCUCAGUCCCCCGGACCGCCGGACCUCUCCUCGCCUUGCCAUGGCAGCCGCAGCACUGAGGGCGCAGCUGAACGCCCAUAUCGCCGGCAUGUACACCAAUGGUGUGGUGGACGAGGAUACAUUCGAGGAGCUGCGGGACGAGGGCACCGCCGCCGAGGUCUCCCGCCUCUUCAUCUACGACGCCUCCGAGAUCAUCGACGACAUCGACCUCCUGAUGGAGGAGCCUGAAGUGGACUUUGACGAGGUGGAAGCCCUGACGCAGCAGCUCAUGCGGUGCACCUCCAGUGUUGGUGCACAGCAAGUGAACCUCGCCUGCAUGCACUUCGGCAAUUUCUAUGCCAUACAAUACAAACAAGGGUGUCUCGUGUCAUUGGCUCUUGUUAGGAAUGAGUUCUAUAUUGUGCGACAUGAGUUGGAGAUCGUGAUGCAGCUCGAAGAGCAGAUCGCGGCAUGUGGUCCUGACUCCUAAGUAGCGGCAAGUGAAGGGGGAAGAGCCUGGCCCCAUGCAAUCCCUUGCAUUAUGCGGUCCAUGUGUCUCGGAAGAUGUAGCCGUUUUCAAAGGGUGUCUAGCACUAUAGGGUGCGCGUAAAAACUUAGA